UAGAUGUUUGUUUGUUGCGGAAAAAAGAAAAAGGAUCGGAAACAUGCUUCAUUAGGAAAUCUUCAUUAGUUAAAUUUAAUUUGUUAAGAUGGACUAUACUUUGAUAAGAAUCUUAAAAUAAUUACAGAAUUCAAUAAAACAAAUGUAUUCAUUAUUUAUUUAAUUGAAUCUUAGUUUUCUGAUACUUUAAAAGGAAAUUGUAAAUAUUAUUGUCCAAUCUGUUUUAAAUAUUAUGACUGUAAAAUCUUAUUUUAUUCUAGGUAUGCUUCAUACAACUUGUUGUUCUAAUUAUGUCUGUCAUGUUUGUGCAGUAUAAUCUCUUGCCAAUAAAAUGUAUAAUUGUCAUUAUUGUCGAAAUGAACACUGCAAAUAUGUCGAUGUUGAUCCUGCACAUUAGUUAAAAAUAUACAUAGAUUCACAUACUAAAUUAUGAAAUUUAUAUUAAUUAAUAUAUACAAAUGUAAAAAGUAGAUUACAUCUUUAAGAUUGUACUAAUAGGACCCUAGAAUGUUGGCAAAUCUUCCCUUAUGGCCAGAUUCAUAGAUUAAGUUUUUAAUGAUAGUUACCUUUCCACAGUUGGAGUUGACUUCAGAAUCAAAACCUUAUCCAUACAUGAUAAAACGUAACUAAAUAUACAUACCUAUUAGUAUUAAAAUGUAGAUCUGGGACACAGCUGGAUAAGAGCGAUUUUAAGCUUUAACUUAAUCUCACUAUAAAGGGGCUCAUGGUUGUAUUGCUGUAUAUGAUGUUACAAAUGAAAGGUACUUAUUAAAUACUUAAUAUUUAAUAGAUCAUUCGAGGAUGCCAAAAAGUUUAUAAAAUUAGUGAUUGAAGAACAUGGGUUGAUUCCUGAAGCAUGCUAUUUAAUAGCAAAUAAAGUUGAUUUAGUAAGUAAAAGAGUGGUAAAUUAUUAAAGCAUUUAUUUUAGAUUCUUGGUAAAAAUGGAAAUGAAUUUGCAUAAGAUUUAGGUGUCAAUUAUUUAGAAACAUCUGCUAAAACUGGAGAUAAUGUCAAUUAAUUAUUUUUAGAUUUGGGCAAAAUUAUCUUAAAUUUGGUGGAUUAGAAAAGAACAAUUGCUCAGCCGCCUGAAAAUGAUACUAGAUUAAGAACAUUAGAUGCAUAAAAAAUAGAAUAAGAAUAAGGUUGUAAGUGCUGA